CUUUUCUUUUUUAAUAGUUCACUUAGGUUAAUUCCUUUGACACCAUUUUCAGCUUCUUCCAAUCUCCCCGUGCUUCCCCCUGCGGCCCUGCUUCUUCACCACCACCACCCACGCCAAACUCAACACCGUCAUCGCUGCGUGCCAUCUUCUCUCCUCUCCACCAGCCAAAUCUCCGAGGAACUCGCUACCGCAGCCACUUCCUCUUCUUUCCUGGGCAAAUAAUCGUGCGCGCCGCCACCUUCGCCGGCCUUCCCUCCCGGUGGACACCCUAAGAGUUUAGGGUGCAUAAAACAAAUAAAUUAAAGAAUAUUCAUAUACUUUGAACGACUCGAACUGCAUUGGAGAUGCCUGCAUUUUCUGUGGCUAGUGCAUGUAAAGCACCCUCAACCUCCAUUUUCGACCGUUCAAGACUUCUUCACCAUUUUAUUUCCCGAAAGUCGCGCAUUGAAUCGGCUGGAACAGUUUCACCUGAUAUUGGACUGUUUUCACUGAAAUCAAGCUCAAAGAAAAGUAAAGCUGUGUCUGUGUCUGGUUCAAUGGCUACAUCACAGUUGGAGUCUUCCUCUACAGGUUUAGUCUCAGGGACGAAGCGGGUGUUGAUUUCACUAUCUGAUAAGAGUGAUUUAGCUUUGCUCGGAAGCGGGUUACAUAGCUUAGGAUUCAUGAUAGUUUCAACCGGAGGAACUGCAACUUCUCUGGAAAAUGCUGGCGUGUCUGUUACUAAAGUGGAGCAGCUAACUCGCUUUCCUGAAAUGCUUGAUGGUCGUGUAAAAACUUUGCAUCCUUGCAUACAUGGAGGCAUCCUUGCUAGAAGAGACCUUAAGCAUCACAUGGAUGCUUUAGAGGAACAUGGAAUCGGAACCUUUGAUGUUGUUGUUGUAAAUUUAUACCCCUUUUAUGAUAAAGUAACUUCAGCUGGAGGAGUUCAUUUUGAUGAGGGAAUUGAGAAUAUUGACAUCGGUGGACCUGCUAUGAUCAGAGCUGCGGCAAAGAAUCACAAGGAUGUCUUGGUGGUGGUUGAUCCACAAGAUUACGCUUCUCUCUUAGAUUAUCUUAAGGGAGAUCAGGAUGAUGAGAUGUUCCGUAGGAAGCUUGCCUGGAAGGCUUUUCAGCAUGUAGCUGCUUAUGAUUCUGCAGUUUCAGAGUGGCUGUGGAAUCAAACUGGAGGAGAAAAAUUCCCACCCAGCUUCACGGUGCCAUUGUCCCUUAGAAGCUCUCUUCGGUAUGGAGAGAAUCCUCACCAGAAAGCUGCAUUUUAUGCUGACAAGAGUCUUGGAGAAGUUAAUUCUGGUGGUAUUGCUACAGCUGUUCAACACCAUGGAAAGGAAAUGUCGUAUAAUAACUACUUGGAUGCUGAUGCAGCUUGGAAUUGUGUCUCUGAAUUCAAAGAUCCAACAUGUGUGGUGGUGAAGCAUACAAACCCUUGUGGAGUAGCUUCACGCGAUCACAUAAUUGAAGCAUACAGGCUAGCUGUCAAAGCAGAUCCAGUUAGUGCAUUUGGCGGCAUUGUAGCCUUCAAUGUUGAAGUUGAUGAGGCUCUUGCAAAGGAUAUUCGAGAGUUUAGAAGCCCUACAGAUGGCGAGACUCGGAUGUUUUAUGAAAUUGUUGUUGCGCCCAAGUAUUCAGAAAAAGGACUUGAGAUUCUCCGUGGAAAGUCAAAGACCUUAAGAAUUCUUGAGGCAAAGAAGAAUGAUAAAGGAAAGCUUUCUUUGCGACAAGUUGGAGGUGGUUGGUUAGCUCAGGAGUCUGACGAUUUGAUACCCGAGGAUAUCCAAUUUAAAGUCGUCUCUGGUAAAGGUCCAACAGAAAAGGAGCUAGGUGAUGCACAAUUUGCCUGGCUUUGUGUGAAGCAUGUGAAGAGCAAUGCUAUAGUGAUAGCUAAGAACAAAUGCAUGCUAGGCAUGGGGAGCGGGCAGCCAAACCGUCUAGAAAGUUUGAGGAUUGCUAUGAGAAAAGCAGGAGAUGAGGUCAAAGGAGCAUCUUUGGCAAGUGAUGCUUUCUUCCCAUUUGCUUGGAAUGAUGCAGUUGAAGAAGCUUGUCAGAGUGGCGUGAGUGUAAUAGCAGAGCCUGGUGGCAGCAUUAGAGAUAAAGAUGCGAUAGACUGUUGCGAUAAAUAUGGCGUGUCACUAGUUUUAACUGAAGUGAGGCACUUCCGACAUUAACCAUGAUGCUAGAGGUAGUAGACGUUGUUGCCAUUCCUUUGGCCCCAAUUAGUAGAACCUGUGAUAUACUACCAUUAUAGUUAAUUAGAGGGCGAGAUGCUAAAAUGUUGACGGCAAAUAACGAUCGACCUACUUGAGUCAAAAAUAAAAUGAUGUGCCUUUUCAUAUCUCUCAGUACUUGUUGAUAAGGUGGGAGCUUCAAGCCUGAUUUCAGGUAAGGGUAUGCAAGGUCAUGUCUCAUUUGGGUUGUAUACCCGAGCAUUAACUUAUAAUUUGCUCAUGUAAUCUUGAUGGAUUUGUUUAUUAAACAUGAUUAUUUUCAUCUGAAUCUUAAA